UUCAAGUUUCAUAUUUGUGGGAAAGAUUUCACAAAAAUGACGACAGAUGAAUUGUCCCAUAUCAGAGCUGUCGUCGCAGUUUUACUAGGGAUGCCAAUGAAAUUCGUGUUGAUAAAUGGAGUUGAUCCAUCAACAAGUGUUACAGUCACUCUUCUUUUGCCGAAUGACCAUGUAAAGGUGUUGCGCAGUCUACUCCAGGACAACGUAAAAGAUGUCAUAAUGCUUUUACACGUUGGAGUGGACAAAAUUACGUUAGACGGUCAUAUCUAUGUUGUAUCAGAUUUGAAUCUACUUUAUGAGUCAGAAUCUGACGAGGAAACACAGAGACAAAUUGAUUUGGUCGAAAAAUAUCAGGAAGCAAGGAAAGUCGUGAAUCUUUAUGAAAUAGAAAAUGCAAAUCUAAAGCAAGAAAUUGGAGAUUUAGAGACAAAGUUGAUGGCUUUAAACCGGGAGAAAAACCCAUCGGAACAACAAGAUAUUGUAAAAGCCCUUGAGAAAUUCAGCGAAGCUCUGGAGCACAUGAAAGUUCACGUUAAGACGACUGCCAAAGAAUUACGCAUUUUUAAGCCGGGUUGUCAUUCGUAAAAGCUUGCGCUUUCAUUAUUUAAGUUUACAACGUAACGUGCUCAUUCAUAGGUCAUCUUUCACCCGGUAUUCGGAAAAUCUUCGACCAGCCUACAAUAUGUAGCUAUCUAGUUAUAAUAGUUUUAUGGCAAACUCUUUAUUAUAACGUUUUCAGAACUCAUUUUUCUAAACUUUCCAGAUUCUGGUUUGGACAAAUGAUGUCGGCUUUAGCCAACUGUACUCUAAUACGAAUAUUAAAUGUAACAUACACACAUGGAAAGUAUAAAGCUGGAUGAGUAUACGCAUAUGAAGUAAUUAGAUUAUUCGGAUAAUUCCGACACCCUUGAUAAAGCUAAGUGCAGAAGUACCAUUAUUCGAAAUUAGUCUUCUUGGGAAGCAGCUCAAAAUAUAUUUGAAACAUAAGUAGCCCAACAUCUCAAUUAUUUAAAACCAAAUUCAAAAUACAAGGAAAAACAAUUUACUCACUUGCAAAUUGAGUAUUAACCUGUGAUUAGUUUGGACUUAAUGAAGGGGGUCAGGUCUUUCAGAGGGAAAAUUACGCACACUUUUAAAAAAGGAUUUUUUGUUAGAUUUUAUUUAUUUAUUUUCGACUUGUUUCAGUCCGUCUCGUAUUUCCCUGUUGAAUAUUCAGCCUUCCUCCAACUUCCCCUUACAUACGAUCCUUUUAUCUACGCUUGACCACCCCACCCCAUCCCAAUUUUUUUGAAUUUUACAUAUAUUUAUAAUGUACUUGUUGGAUUUUUGAAGCAAUCCGUCUACAAUAUUGUUCCGUUAGAGUUUCUUUUUGUUGCGGGACUACCUUGUGAUGCAUGACUCUAUGGCUGUGUUUGGGGUGUUCUGUGCUUCCCCGAAAUCUACCCUUACAUUUUAUCUUUAGAACAAACAACAUAUAAAAGAAGAUUGAGUUGCACUUUAAAAAACUUCCUCGUAUCAGUAUCUUCGGUAGAUCUUGUUUCCAGGGAUGAGAUUAAAUUGAACAAUUUGACUGUGAACUUGUUUUAAGUAAUGGGUUGAGGUAGAACGUCUUGAUUCCAAGUUUGACCAGCAUUCCCCUAGAUUUUAUGUAAAGUGCAUGUACCCAUAUACUUCUGUAAGAUAAAAAAUUUGGGUUCAAAUCACACUUAUUCAGAUCUAACUGAAAUAUAAUCAUAAAGAAACAGAAAAUAUGAGAACUUUGAUUUAGCCUGUAUUUGUCGCCAUAGGGCUACAGCUUGGGCUUUUUUCUUGAAGAAAACAUUUCUUUCUCAAGCUGAUAUAGAGACCAGUGUGGAGACUAUAGGUAGAAGACGACAGUGUUUGUCUCAGAUGUAUUAUUUCUUUUUCUUUUUUCUUCUUUCAAACAUUCCCGCUGAUGAUCAAACCCUCACCUUUCGAUUUUCACAACAUUUUUGCUAUCUUAUUCAAGAAAAUAAAAGAAUAAAUUUAAAGUGUUUAUCAUUAAUCCUAAGUCGUCACUUUGGCAAAAACAGUUUCGCACUUGACUGAACAUGAGAAGUACAAAUUGUAGAAAUUUGAUCGAUAAUAUUUAGUCUGCAUUCGGACAGUUUUAUGCUGUAAAUAUUCAUAACAAGCAGCUUAAAAGGCGGUCCUUUUUGCAAUGGACACCAAAUAGUUCAUAACAAUACCAGUUGAUCGCUUGAUUAAUCAAUGUAUUGUGUACAAUACGUUCUUUUCGCGCUUGCACAUGUUGACUAUUAAACUGGAAGUGUCAAAGACGUAACUGAGUCUCUUAUUGGCCGACUACAACCGCAUCUGGUUUUAUAGAUAAUUUGAUUCGUUUUUGUGCUCAAAUUGACAAUCACUUCCGGGCAAACGAAGAACGGCUGCAGCAGAUCUGUUAUGAGAAAUCAAUACAUUUUGAUUGCGUUCGAUUUGAAAGUGACAUCAUAAAUGGCAUAGCACCAAAAACGUCACAGUAAACAUUGUCUUACUGCAUCAUACAUUUAAUCCGUAACAGAGCUUUUUGUGAAUUGCAGGUCAGAUAUAAGCUUUAUAUAAUUAUAAAAUAACUAAGGUUUGGAAUAUUCGAUAGAUUGUUUACUUUUUAUUCUUGUAAGUGUUUUCCUGUGGAAAAAAACUGGCAAUAAUCAUAAUUUAGAAAAAUCAAAUUUGUACUAAAAUAGAUCUAUAUGGAUCCGAUAUAUGUUUUUUGGUAUCAAAAAAUGAAUUGCUUUGAACCUGCUUGAAACGAUUUCACUUAGUUUUUAUAAUAAUAAUGGUCAUUGCGUGUCAGAAAAAUACGGUAAUUCUAUACGUGACAAACUUGGAUAGCCAUUGAAAGCAAUUGAUGAUACUUCAGGGCCAUUGCCGCAUACUGCUUGCUCGAAACAUCAAAUGAACGAUACAUGUACUAGAUCUUUGAUGUGAAAAAGUCGGUAUUUCGAAACAACGAUAGUGAAAAGUCGAAUCAAUGAACAUACGAUGGUGAAAUGUAGAAAUUAUUUCAUAUUUUCACGAAAGUAUUUUCGACUAUUCAUUAUCGUGGUUUCGUUGUUUCAACUUUUGUACAUCGAUCUUUCUUUUUUCUACGAUCGUAGUUUCCAGUUUUCACACUUACGUAUGACGUUUCACCGUCGUAUUCCUGUCCUUUCACCAUCGCACU